UCCGACCAUUCACAGCUCCUGGGCUACGAGCGGUCAUCCUCACGAAAACGAAGAAAAUUCUCCGCUGUCUGUAGAGAAAAGGCGCGCCUUGCAGCACCGUUUCGUAUGGAUACUCGCAGGUGGGGAAGUCCGAAGAGCCGACGCUGCCUCAAAACAUUCUUCUUGGUCUGCUUCUUCGUGCACCAUGCCUCGGCCGACUACUCGCCGAUCCUCGACAACCAGGGUCUCAGUGAAUCCGCUGCAGAUUCAAGAAACAAGUUCGAAGCCUUAAACCACCUCCUCCCUUUUAAUUCAGAACAAGACGCGGACUACAAGCGAAGCAGUUCUUUUUUCCCUCUGAGGGGCAAAAAACUCACGGCUGCGGACAUGGACACUGCCAAUUACCCAUUCAUGUCCCAACAAGGAGAUGAAGAAGAGAAAAGAAGCCAAUUCUACCCCCUCAGAGGUAAAAAAAUCCCCGACGAGUUGAAGAGAGGUAGUUAUUUCAUGCCCAUGAGAGGCAGGAAGGACGACGAGAGCUGGUCCGAAGAUGAGGACAACGUGGACAAACGAAUGUCUUCCUUUAUGCCCAUGCGGGGCAAAAAGAAGAGUGGUUUCCUGGACACAUUUCCUCACCUUGGGAAGCCUGGUACGUAUUCCACCGAAAUAAUGUAUCCCUCCAGUAGUGGUAGUAACAGGAAGAAGAGGGAUGUUGCCUGGCCAGCUAUCUCUAUCAACAAGACGACCGACACAUCACCAGAAUCAACAGGUGGAAAUGAAACAGGUCACUCUAUGCAAAAGAGAUCUGUAUCGUUUAUGCCCAUGAGAGGAAGAAGAGAAUACGAAUCAUUUGGUUCUCAAGAAAUUAAAACAAGAUUGCUAGAGAAGAAACAAUUUUCGUUCAUGCCCAUGAGAGGGCGUAGGUAUCCUUUUAACGAUUCAAAUGGAAGUGUAGCAUUGGAACUUAAAAUCGAUGAUGAAUCCACGACUUCUUCUUCUCGCAGUGAACCGAUGUUCAGAGAGGCUGAUGAUAAGAAUCAAUUACAGAUUGAUAACGAUAAAAGAGCAUCAUCUUUCAUGCCCAUGAGAGGACGCAGAACUUCGCUUGAUGAUAUGACUUCUGUAGAAUAUGGAAUGGCUCCUCAAGAAGACAAACGGCGAUCUCAUUUUAUGCCGAUGCGAGGAAGGAAAAAUUACAUGGGCAAUGCAGAUAUCUCUAAUGAUCAUGAAAUCUAUUCUGGUGAUAAGCGAGCUUCUUCCUUUAUGCCCAUGAGAGGCCGCAGAAAGUUGAUAGAAUUCACAGAUUUCAAUGAUCGUGAAACGGAUUCCGAUGAUAAACGAGCGUCUUCAUUUAUGCCCAUGAGAGGUCGCAGAGAAUCUCUAGAAAACCUCAACAGUUUCAAUGAUUUGGUCAAUAAAAGAGGCUCUUCAUUUAUGCCCAUGAGAGGUCGCAGAGAGUCUCUAGAAAACCUCAACAGUUUCAAUGAUUUGGUCAAUAAAAGAGGCUCUUCAUUUAUGCCCAUGAGAGGUCGCAGAGAGUCUCUAGAAAACCUCAACAGUUUCAAUGAUUUGGUCAAUAAAAGAGGCUCUUCAUUUAUGCCCAUGAGAGGUCGCAGAGAAUCUCUAGAAAACCUCAACAAUUUCAACGAUUUUGUCGAUAAAAGACGCUCUUCAUUUAUGCCCAUGAGAGGUCGCAGAGAAUCUAUAGAAAACCUCAACAGUUUCAAUGAUUUGGUCGAUAAAAGAGGCUCUUCAUUUAUGCCCAUGAGAGGUCGUCGUUCAAUUGAUGAUUCAUUGGUAGAAAAUCAAACGGAAUCGUCAAGAAUAAAGCGAUCCUCCUCUUUCAUGCCGAUGCGGGGACGUAAAAUGGAUUCUUCCAUUGAAGAUUUUUUGGAAAAGAAAUCAUCUUCCUUCAUGCCCAUGAGAGGACGCCGUGACCUUGAAGACAACCUGACGCAAAAUCCAGAAGACAAAAGAGGAUCUAGUUUCAUGCCAAUGAGAGGUCGUAGAGGAGUUUUCGACACAACUUACUACUACAAUGCCUACCCAUAUGUUAUUUCAUCUGGCAUCGGCUCAUCACUUAUGACAAGACCUUACAAUGGAGACUUCUACCCCAUCAGUUCUGUCCGGAGGUACGUAUCAAAAGCCAGGAAAUUCGACUGGGACUCUGUAAAAAGGGCAUUCCAUGCAACACGUGGUAAAAGAGUUGAGACCGGCAAGGACUCGGAGGAGGCGUGGGAAUCGGAAGAUCGGGAACAGAGCGCCCCUGCAAAAAGUGAUAGCGGAAAAGGCUGCAGAUAUAAGCGAAGUAUCAUAAGACCACGAAUCCCACUGAAGCCGCACAGGCAGUAUAUAGCGUUGAAACGACCGAUGUCUUUUUUCGCCACCAGGGGAAAGCGUUUGGAUGAUUCCGCCAUUGAUAGCACAGCUUCAAAUUUACGUUAAGAAUAUGUGUGUCACUUUGGUGUUCUAUUCGUUUCACAAGCUCCCGAAUUUAUUUCAACCUUAAUUGUACACUGAGUUUCCAUUACGAGAGAAAAGAUGUGUCUUGUCCUUUAAAGUUAUUCAAACAAAUAAAUAUCGAUGUCAAAUGUUAUUUAUCAUUAGAAGAUUGAUGUACCAUAAAUAAAGUCAAUAAAAAAUUGUGAAUUUAAA